AUGAAGUUCCCUAGCGCUACUUCCACGUUGGUAUUUUCUGGUCUUUAUUUGUCAGCCUCGGCUUCUCCAAUGAAAUCAUACUUUUUAUGCAGUGAGGGUCGAAAAAUAUCAUUACCGCCAAUUGAUAGUCAUGAAAACUCUGAAAUUUAUUCCGAUGCGCAACAUGGUGAUCCUUUGGGACCGAAUGGGGAGCAAUGCCCGGCAUACCGAUAUACAGUGACAGGAAUUGAUGGAAGCACCAUUAUGACCUUGAUUCAAUUAACUUCUGUUGGUCCCUUUAACCAAGUCUUUGAAAGAAUCGGGGGAUCUUGGCAAUAA